ACAGCCAUUCCCAUUCACACACUCUCGCUCUCUCCCUCCACCAAGCCAAAUCCCAGCUUCAAUGGCUACUCCACUGAAGCUGUUCAUCGUUGCCGCCUUUUUUCUAUCAAUAAACGGCAACACCGUCGCUACCAAAGGAGCCCCCACCACUCCGCCGCCAGAGUUUCGAGAUCAUGACAUUAAUCCAUUACACCACUUUGGCCCCGUCCUUGCCGAUCUCGGCUUCCACGGAUUCUCCUCCGCGUCGCCGGCUCUUCGCAACACCAGCGCAUGGAGAGGUCCGGUCACCGUCUUCGCCCCAGCCGACUCCUCUCUCCUUACCUGCCCUACCUGCUCUGUUCCUCUCCUCCUCCACGAGCACACCGUUCCCGGCCUCUUCCCGAUCCACUACCUACGUACGUUGGCGUACGGCACCAAGAUCGAAACCCUAGCGGAGGGAAAAUGCAUCACCAUCACGUUCUCCAACGACUCCGAAGAGGCCGUAUUCGUCGGCGGAGUGAAGAUCACCAGUCCCGACCUCUACAACGACGGCUUCAUUGCCGUUCAUGGCCUCAAAGGCUUCAUCGCCCACCUUUCGCCGUAUUCUUGUCACGUGGAACGAAUGACUUCUCUCUCGUUUCCUCAUCUGCCGGCUAUGGCGCCGUUCUUACUCAUGCGCCUGAUGCUAAAAGACGCCAUGCUUCGAUUGAGCAUCAGCGGUUACGGCGUCGUCUCUCUCGCUUUGAAAUUGAAGUCAGCCGAGCUCUUGGAACUCCAUGCCAUGACGGUGUUCGCUGUGGAUGACGUCGCGAUCUUCUCCGGCGCCGGACAUGAAUAUCUCCCUAAUUUCCGUUUCCACGUUGUGCCGAACAGGCUGUUGAUGGCCGCUGAUUUGGAGAAGUUGCCGGCGGGGACUUUGCUUCCGACAAUGGCGUUAGGGCAGAAGCUGGUGAUGACCACUGCCGGAGGCAACGGUUUCUCGUUUCCACCUAUCAGUGUCGAUCACGUGAGGAUCAAGAGCCCGGAUUUGCUGUACAACCUCAAGAUCGUGGUUCAUGGACUGUCAGUGCCGUUUCCGCACACUCAUCAUCACUCGUUCGCCAGCCGAGAUGAGGGGCGCCAGAAUGGACAUCACGGAUGGGUAGCCGCAAGAUCCAAGGCCACCGGAAGAUCCAACCACCAUGAGAUGAGGGCUCCCACUCCAGCGAUAGAACCGAUGAUAGAGAUUGACGAUCGCCAUGGCCUGUGAUAGUUGAUUCACAUUGCUAUUUUUCACCUAAAG